AUGCCAUGUCAUUGCUUUAUAAUCAUGGGUACACUUUUUCCUCCAAUAUUCCUUUUUAUCAAAGCUUGUGUAAAAUACCGCACUAAUAGUGCAUAUUACGGCACCAAAACAUUAACAGAGAAAAUACGUGAGAAAACAAAAUUAUCCGAGGAUGAUGGUUUUGAUUAUGAAGGCGGUGGCAAAAUGAAUCAAACGGACUUUGAAGAGAAAGGUUGGGUAUUUAAAUUACAGGAUAGCAUAACAUAUGAAUUUACCUCUGUUUAUUUCAUCAUUCAAGAAUUCUAUCAAAAUAAUAACUCUCUGUUAAAAUCCAAAAGGUCAAUUGAGCGUUAA